CACCUCUCCCCUCCUAUAAGCCACUCGGAUCUGCGUCGGCGCUCCAACGAAAUGUCUACACCCAAGAGCGGUCGGCAAUCACCUCAGGACAUACCGAGGAAACCAGUACCUGCCCCAGUCACAGAUGCGACCCCAGCGAAGCCGUCACGGUCUUUUGGCCCUAUAGCGUGUCUUGCAGCAACGUUAUUGGGGACCGGUAUCCUCAGUUGGAACUGGAUCAUAUCUGGAACUCCGCUACUGCUCUGCUCACUUUUCCUGGGAGAAUGGAACGGGCGCCGGGUUCUAUCAUGGCUGCCGCUGUGGGCCAUUUUCACUACCCUGAACUUCGCUUACAUCGUGGCUGCAACGUCAUGGCUGCUUUUCUGGACAUUCACCGCGCUGUGCUACUCCACGAUCUUGAUAUCCUCCUUGUUCCAGUUUGAGUACGUGGCCAGAGUUGUACGACACCGCUGCCGCAAGUUGCUACGUCAUGUGCUUUUCAUCCAGGACCGGAUAGGCUUGUUUGACCUACCUGCAUUAGAGAUCGACACGGACACCAUCGGUCUUUUUGUCGUCCGAGGAUUGACUAUUGAGCUAUCUACCUUGACGGCAACUGCAUAUGGAGUGGAAGUGGGAGUCAAGCUUGACAGCGAUAUGGAGCUCGCGAUACAGACCGAUAAGGUUGUUGUUAAGCUGUUCCGGCGCAUAGAGAUUGGAGAUGUGUAUGCAAACGUGAAGGGAAGCGACGAGAUGAGUUUCGGGGCCAUCCAAUCGUGGCCGAAUCCUCGGGAUAUGAAGAAAGAUCAGUUCAUCGCGACAGACACGCCCAUAUUGAACGCAGCCUUAGCGUCUCGAAGAACUGCGUCUUCAGAUUUGCAAGAGAAGAUGGAUGGUCUGUCUGAGCAUGACACGAGCAGCAAGCCAGUCAAGAAGCUGUCUCCAGACGAUGAGAAGGCUCGGGACGAGUACGAAAAAAUGAUCAAGAUCAUCACAGAAACAAGCACCAGCCAUCUUGCCUUGAAGUGGCUGAAGAAAAUCGCUAAAGAACGGGAAAUCGAGGGAGUUUUGGAGACAGAUACGAAUCUUCGAGCAGCUGUAUCUGCUCAUGUCCAUAACGACCCGACGAUAGCUCAUCCUCCACGAAAGUCGAUUCGUUUGACCACACUUCGCCACAACAAUCACCCCAAGAUCAAGAUCUUCCUGCACAGACUUCCUCUAUUGUACCGACUACUCCUCAACCCUAUCAGCUACUUCCACCCGAUCUUCAUCAAUUCAGUUACUAGCACUGGCUCUGGUAAAUGGUUUGUGUCGCUGAUGAAGAAGCAUUUUUUCAAGCACUAUUCGUCCUCUGAUGCGGAAGUUCGCCGUCUGGAAGGAAGGAUCUCAGCGUGGCUAGCCGAUGCCAACUUCGCCGUUGGACUCAGCAAUCUUUUCUGCACUGGCUAUGUUCCUGUUGAUACUGACUACGAUAUCGAGUGCAAAUUCAAGAUUGGCGACUUGCUAGCCCAUCGCACAUUACCUGAAGCUGUUGGUCUGACACAAGUGAUCCAUCUGGGUGGUGCCGAUGCUACUUUUGUCCUUCCUUCAUUUCUACUCCCUCAUCACGAGCAUCUCAUGCCGACUAUAUUGACCGACUUCGAGGAGCUACAACUGGAUCAAGAGGUCCAAGAUGCGGCUGGUACGCCAAAAGCAGUGCAACUGAGGAAAAACCUUGAGCGCCGCCGACGGGACGAGACCGUCAUGAAGAUCGCAGUGCAUGGCCACCUCCCCGCCCUCUUUGACCAGGAGCUUCUUAACUUUGUGGCAGCAACGGUCAAAGCAACAAAAGUCAUUGAAGUCGAAAAGGGUCAUGAAGAGCUCGUUCUCAAGCGCGCAGCAACAGAUAAACUUGAGCUAGAAGUGCGGCGUACCGACUCAAUAACCGCCGAGUCAGCCGGUUCCGAUACCAUCAGCACCGGCAGCGCCGGCAGUGUCGAAAGCGCAAACACGGAACAAACCGACCCCGGCACUCUCGCCUCCCAGGCUUCGCAGGCGUCACAAAACUCGCAAGCCUCACUGGCGCGCAGCAGCACUUUCAGCAAUCGCAUGAACCAGACCUUCAAGGGCAUGAAUACAAAGAUGAAAGAGGGUUGGCGCAAGGCUGGUAUCAACACUGUCAAUGUGGUUGCUAACGACCGCUGGAUCGCCAAGAUUGUUGGUAACAUCAUGAGGAAGCUUGAGCGUGCUCAGGGAGACGUCGGAUACUCUGGCGUAAUUCCAUUGCCGUUGGCGGUGUAUCGUAUGAAAGCGGAGAAGGAAUCGAAGCUUCUGCGGUAACUUGUUUGAUGUGGCGCGGUUUUAGCAGGAGAUGACUGAAUCCAAGUAUUGCAGCAUCAUCGUGGCAGAAUUUGUUUCUUUCUUCAACGAGUUGGUUAAUGGCUGCAUGACUAGAUACCCUGGGGUGUUAUUAAUUCAUCGUCUAUAUACUCUAAAGCAUGCAUCUUGAGUCGAGUUUUGGCAGGGGUGAAUGAACUAACACGUACGACUUCAUCGUGUGGAUGUUUCAUAAUACAAACAAUUCUGUCACUCGCAACAGCCAUUUCCUUUGCAACGAUCGGAACCUCCAGCCUCAUUUUCUCGCUCGUUCGACAGCGCUCCCCUCCGACUCCGGGGAAUUAACACGAUCAAUCCCGCUAUAAGCCCCGAGGACAAAACGUCUAAGCUUCGCUCGCCUUGUCUCAUCUUGUCUUGCCUAAUUAUUGACAAUUGUCGUAGCGAGAGCCGCUAACCAGACGCCACACGAUCAAUCGGGGCUUUGAAAACCUAACGUCAACUCCAUCUACGGGAUUCUCCGUUUCGAAUCGGUAGCAACGCAAACCUCCCGCAUCAUAAAUUGCUCUAGU